AGGAGACUGAUAGCAGCUUUCCAUUAACUGCUGCUCCUAUCAACAUGUUGCCUGGAGAUAUUAAAGAAGAGGUUGCUGAAGAACAGAAUCCAGAUGUGAAUCAGCAGGAGCUGGAGCUCCUCCACAUAAAGGAGGAAAGUGAAAGAAUCUGGACAGGCCAGGAAGGAGAUCAACUGAAUUUGAAGCCGGAGACUGAAGAUACCAGGUGUCCAUCAACUGUUAUUCAUAUGAAGAGUGAAGAGGAUGAAGAGAAACCUCUAUGUUCUUACUUUCAUAAACAGCAAAAAGAAGUCAGAUAUUUUCCAGCCAGCAUUUCAGCUGACCAUUUUAAAGUAAAAAUUAAAGGGGAAUUAUCUGGAACAGCAGACUCCAACAGUAAUUCAUAUCUAAAUACUUAUGGAUGCAAUUCCAACUAUUCAGAGACUGAACACAAUGAAGAUGAUAGAGAUGAUGAGGAUGUGAACCGUGAUAAAUCUCAGCUUAAACAGUUGUCAGACUCUGAAACUGAAGACAGUGAGGAGGAUUGUAAAGAGAGAAUGGAUCCUGGAUUAAGUGGAAACACUGUUCAAUCUUUCAGCUACUCCAAGUGUGGGGGAAAAAUUCCCAGCAGAUUCUUUCCACAGCAUCCCAUGACAUGUCAUGAAAGAUUAACAACUUCAAUUUUGUCCGUUGAUGAAAAAUGUUUCAAAGAGAGAAAACAUGCUGAUUCACCCAAAAACGUCCUUGUAGGUACCAAGAAUUUUAACUGGAAGAAAAAUUUAAAGACACACAUGGCGAUUCAAACAGGGGAGAAAUCCUUUGGUUGUGAUUCAUGUGGUGAAAGAUUUUCAUCAAAGUCAAACCUAAGUAGACACAUAAAAAUUCACACAGGAGAGAAACCUUUUGGUUGUAAUGCAUGUGGUAAAGGAUUUAUUUCAAACUCAAAUUUAAAGAAACACACAAGAAUUCACACAGGAGAAAAACCAUUUGGUUGUGAUGCUUGUGGAAAGAGAUGUACUUCAAAAUCAAAUUUACAAUCUCACAUGAGAAUCCACAAAGUAGAGAAGCCUUUUGGCUGUGAUGUUUGUAAAAAAAGAUUUUCCGAGAUGUCACAGUUAAGUAGACACAUGAGGCUCCACACAAGAGAGAAACACUUCAGUUGUGAUAUUUGUAAAAAGAUACUUUCCAAAAACUCACAUUUGAAAGCACACAUGAAAAUACACAUGGUAGAGGAGCAGUUUGGUUGUGAUGUUUGUGGGAAAAUGUUUAGCACAAAAUCUAAUUUAAAUAGACAUGCAAGAAUUCAUACAGGGGAGAAACCCUUUGGUUGUGAUGCUUGUGGUAAAAGAUGUUCCUCAAAGUCACAUUUAAUCAUACACAUGAGAAUCCACACAGGAGAGAAACCUUUUGGGUGCAAUGCUUGUGGUAAGAGAUGUUCCUCAAAGUCACAUCUGCUUUUACACAUGAGAAGCCACACAGGGGAAAAACCUUUUAGUUGUGAUAUUUGUGGUAAAAGAUUUGCCAUCAAAUCACAUUUUAAUAAACAUAUAGGAAUCCACACAGGAGAGAAACCUUUUAGUUGUGAUAAAUGUGGUAAAAGAUUUUCAUGCAAGUCAUAUUUAAAGCUACACAUGGUAACCCACACAGGGCAGAAACUCUGUGAAUGUGAUAGAUGUGGUAAAAGAUUUUCCAGCAAGACAUAUUUAAAUGUACACAUGAGAAUACAUACAGGAGAGAAACCCUUUGGCUGUGAUACUUGUGGUAAAAUGUUUUCCUUAAAAUCAAGCUUAAACAUACACAUGAGAAGCCACACCGGAGAGAAACCCUUUGGAUGUGAUGCAUGUGGUAAAAGAUGUUCCCUAAAGUCGGAUUUAAACAAACACAUGAGAAUCCACACAGGAGAGAAACCUUUUGCUUGUGGUCCAUGUGGUAAGAGAUUUUCCUCAAAUUCAGAUUUAAAUAAACACAUAAGAAUCCACACAGGAGAGAAGCCUUUUGCAUGUGAUGCAUGUGGUAAAAGAUUUUCCUCAAAAUCAGAUUUAAACAAACAUGUGAUAAUCCACACAGGGGAAAAGCCCUUUGUUUGUGAAACAUGUGGUAAAAGAUGUUCCUUAAAGUCUUAUUUAAAAAGACAUAUGAUAAUCCACACAGGAGAGAAACCUUUUGCCUGUGAUGUUUGUGGUAAAAGAUGUUCCUCAAAGUCAAACCUAAAUGUCCAUAAAAGAAUCCACAUGGAACAGAAACCAUUCUGUUGUGAUGUAUGUGGAAAAAGAUUUUCCACCAAGUCACAUCUAAAAAUCCACACGAGAAUACACAUACGAGAGAAACCCUUUAGUUACACUUAGCGUCAAAGUUGAGCAAAAAGCAAGGAAGUCCAAGUAGUGGAGGUGUGUCAGCACAGAUGAUUCAGCUGGUCUGUGAUAAACUCUCAUCUGUGUGAAGCACAUAACUUAUACUGACCUCCUGAGAUCCCAGGAAGGGGACAUGGCCCUGUUACCCACUCUCUACAGUGGGACAUACUUACCUCACCAAGGGUCUCAUGAAUGAGAGAGUGUGCAGCGCUAUCUAAAAACAUAAGGUGCACAAAAAUAUUUAGACAUAAAACAAAAAAAACAAAGAAAAUUUGAAAUUGAAAACAGUGCAUAGAUGGGUCACUGCAUGCAUUGUCUUGAUAAUUCACAAUUUCCAUCUAAUUUGACGCAUCUGCAUAUGAUUACUUAGGGAAGCAAUGAAAAUACCUGGAAGUCACCUGACAAACAACCAUGGCAACAGAGCUAUCAGUCAUAGAGACAUCUAAAAAGAUAUUUGUAGUGAGUGACAUCAGUGACUCAUUAAAUAAACUGGCUUCAUUUUGAUUGCAGUAAUGUACUUCAUAUCGUUGUAAUGUAAUUAAUAUGCCUCCAAAAUUUCAAUGAGGAAGUCUGUUCCCACAAACUUUGUGGAGCACUUUAAAGUUUUACGUUGAGUCAGGAUGUUAUAUAAAACAAUUACUAAGUCUGCAAUUGUACAUUAUGGAAAUAUUGCAUAUUCUGUUAUAGUGUGUAAGGUAUGAGACUGGAGUUUAUUUUUCCACCAUGAUUUUUUUUUCUUUGGUCAAUAUUUACUCUUAUCUUACUCUUGGUUCUUUUUAGAACUAACUUUAGAUUAGACCAGUUAGCUCUUUUUCUUCUUACUCUCUUUCUUUUUUCAUCACUAAAAAAAUGUGUGUUACUGUCUUUGUAUUUGCCACUGCCACACCCAAAUUUCCCCAUUGAAGGACAAUAAAGGAAUUCUUAUUCUUAUAGCAAAA